AAUUAAAAAACCUUUAACUACAACUUCAAUCACGUGAUGCGUAUCACGUGAUGUUUUGAUAAUUUUGUUUCUCUUUUUGCAAAUUCAGUAAAAGGGUGCCAGGGAGCCGGUAAUUAGAAGUCACACAGCAGAAAUGGCAGAUAAAAAGUAUGAAGAUGGCAUGCUUGGCAAACUAUUAGAACUGGAUAAGAAAAUUAGCUUAUCUUUAAGUUUAUCUGCUUCUAAAACCUCUCCACUGGGAAACUAUAGACCUCAUAUGAAGGCCUUAGAAUAUUCAUGUCAUGGCGUAUUUUGGAUUUCUGGUAGUAUAAUUUUAUUAUGGCUUACUGAAGAUCCCAUCAAGGAUGCCUUCUUCUUCAAUAUUAUUUUAGCUCUGCUUCUAGAUGUUUUAUUUGUGGCAGUAUUAAAAGCAUUGUUAAGAAGACGGCGACCUGAAAAUAAUGAAAGUGAGGAUAUGUUUAUGACGCUAUCUGUGGAUAAAAUGUCCUGCCCAUCUGGUCACACAUCUCGAGCUGUUCUUGUUACUUAUUUAUUAAUUUGGUGUACACCACAAAAAUAUGUGUUGCAUCUUUUUUUGCUAGUAUGGUGUAUUUGCACUUGCUCCUCUAGAAUUCUUCUUGGGCGCCAUCAUGUUGGGGAUGUUCUUAUUGGUGCUGUUCUUGGAUAUGUUGAAUACUGCAUCAUGAAUUACCUUUGGGCCGGUCCUGAAAAUGCUAAAUGGUACCUUGAUUUAUUUAGGGAUUCCAGUAGUAUUGUUGAAGAUUUGUAAAAUAUAUACUAUGGAAAGUUUCUUCUAAUUAAUUACUGUUGGCUCCGGUUUAAUCCUAUAAUUGGUUUUUAAAAUUUGCAUUAUUUUAUAAUAUAUUUUAAAAUGUAAUCUGUGAAACUUUAACGUAGAUUGUUUAUAUUUGACAUUAUUUCAUUACUGCAAUUAGAUAAUUCGUUUAAAUUCUUUAGAAAAUUGUUUAUUUUUAUAUUUUUUAUUAGUGGCUUUUUGAAUUAAUAUAUGGAGUUGUUACUGAUAUAAAAUAAAUAUUAAUAUGAGUCAUAUCACACUUUUAAAAACACAUCCUUAAAUAUCGCAAGAAAGUAUUUUAAAAUAAAGUUAUUGUGACUCUUAUGUGCUGAUUUAAGCAUCAGCAGUUUGUGUGAUAAACUCUGUGAUUUUUAUGAAAGUAUAGACUGAAAAACUGAAUACAUUUAUCAGGUGUGAAUCACAGUAUUUUGUUAAACAUUAAAUGUGUACAUUUAGUUUUAGUGUAACACCACAUAUAAAUAAAUGAACUGAUAUGCAAUUAUUAUGUUUUCAUGCUUCAAUACUUUUUACUGUUUGUGUUUGUAAGUGUGAAUGAUUUGUCUAAAUUAAGUUUCUAAUAGGUUUGUUUCAAAUAUCUGAAAUUAAUAUAAAUAUCUGAAAUAACAUGAUACAUAUUAAGUUUUUCUUUUAAAAAUAAUUCAGUAAUCACGAAAUGAUAUAAUGCUCAUAAUUGUUGAAAUUGAGAAUAAUGCUAGCAAAAAAUUUUAACGGAAUUAAAACAAAAUAUUAACACAUCAGAUAGGUAUUAAUUUAGUUGAAUUUUUUUUUUAUUGACUUUAUAAUUUAAUGUAACAUAGUGGGGUAAUUCAUAAUUUUUUUAUUAUGUACAUAAAUGAGUUAUUUAAACUACUUACAAUAAAUAUUGAAAAAAAUAUCGGAUUUUAUUAUUUUUUACCUUAAUUCUCAUACCAGGGUCAGUUUUAUAGACUGAUGUUUUAAUGAGAGUCUAAUUAUUCUUAAAUAAAGUUUAUUUUCAGCAUAGAUAAAAAAAAAUGAGUUGCCUUGUUUUUAAAAAUUUUGACAUAAUUACUCUUUGUUCAACACAAAUACUAAAUGCCAUUAAACAUGGUAUAUAAGACUGUAAGGACUUCAAAGUCUAUUUUUAAGCUAUAUUGAAUACCAUCAUCAUUUACUCACCCAUUAAAUUCUUAGUUUAUAAUAAAUUGCUAUUUUUAUUUAGUAUAUGUAAUUAUUUUAUUUUUAAAUAAAAACAUUGACAAGUUCUACAUUUCGAAAUCAUUUACACCCAAUAUUCAUUUCUUAGUAUGUAAAAAAGUGAAUAUUUGGAAAAAAAAAGUGACUAGUGAUUUAUUUACAUGUAAAUAAAAAUUUAUGUGGAAUCUAAAAACUUCAAUAAAAAUUAGUUGUGGAUAAAAAAUUCUUGUUUUUAUUAGGCCAUUAAAACUACUCUUUUUAUAACUUUUCAUUAACAUCUUUUUUUUAAUGUUUUAAUAUAUCUCGUUAUUUAAAUAAAUUUGUCAGUCUCAUAUUAUUUAAAAAAAAAAAAUGCAAAACAUUAGUGACUGAUACAUUUUUUUCUUUCCCUAUUUAUUUAUUUUUAAUUAAACAUUUGAUAAAUAAAUUAAGUAACAUUUAUAAUUAAAUAAUUAUGUUACUACAUUAUUUUUAAAUUAACUAGUUGAAUGGGCAGCAAAUUUGUCUGAAUAAGUAAAAUGCCAAGUAACAUUUAAAAGAGAGAUUUUGUGCUCUCACGUAGCUUCUCAUAUGGUCACAUAUGUAAGAUCAGCAUAGUCUACAGAACCAUCUUAGUUUCUGUGGAAUUUGAGCAGAAUUUAAAUAAAGGAUUCCAUAGAAUGCAUGUGAGAUUAUAAAAUCUCUCAAAUAUUCAGUGUACUCUUACUUCAAGGUAUAUGAACAUUUUUCAUUGGAGGAAUUUAUUUUGAUAGAUGCUGGCUAUUUAUUUCUGUGACAAAUGACUUUUUACAGUUUUUAACUUUAUAUAGUUCAUAUUAUAUAUUUAACAUUAGAUAUAAUUGAAAAUAAAUUUUUACUGUAAAUAUUAUUAUUUUGAAUAUCAUACAACACCUGUACCCUUAAGUCAUGAAAUAUAUCAUAGUAUAUAUUACUUAGCUUUGAAUCCAAGUUUUUAUUUAAAAAAAAAGACUGAACUGUAAACCACUUUAUUUGGUUCAUCAUGUGUAAGCCAUAAGUAUACUAGACAUAAUUAACUGUUUGGUACUAAUGGUUUUGUUUUGGGAUUUAGCGAUUAUGUAUAGAAGGUUAUUCAGUUGGAUUGUUCGUUACAAUUUUUAUGUGUUGUAAUAUAGGGUAUUUAAAUCAUAUAUUUAAUGAAUUUUUAUGUCGGAAUGUUAUCUAAUUUUUUGUUUAUUGUGCUGCUUGUAAUUUAGAUUUUUAUUAAUUUAUAUUUAUUUAAUAUAUGCAGUAUAAAGAAAUAUAGAUCAUUAUUUAUUAUUAUGUAUGAAAUAUUUUGAUAUGGUCAGGAUUUAUAAGAUAGAGUUGGUUUUAAGAUUGAAUCAUGAAUGCAAUGCUCAUUUAAAAAUAUAAAGAUUUGAAACAGUUUAGAAUGACAUUUAGAAUAAAGCUUAUUUUAUUUAAAUUUUGUGGUAACUAGUAGUUAAUACUAUUCCAUAAGAAUUUUACCUUAAUUUUAUGUCUCACUUUUUAGAUUAUUUUUUGUAAAAGAUGCUAAUAAGAAAAUUACUUUUGAAAACUAUAACAACAGUUGUGUUACUAAACUGUUAAAACUAAAUGUUUAUAUAUCAAUAAUAAAAUUAAUUCAAAUAACUGUUAAUUCUUACAAAAUUUUAAAUUUUUUUUCUUAAAUAUAAUUAUUUUGCCUUUCGAUUGGAAUUUAGUUUAAUUUUUCUGUUAAUAACUAAAAUGUAUACAUUGAUUGCUUUUAAAAUGUCUUAGACUUUUUUUGUACCAAUGUUUUAAGUGAUAUUAAAUUACAAAUUGUUAACUUUAAAUGAAAAAUAGAAAUUGCCCAUUUUAAUUUUAUGAGUCACUUUUUUACAGACACAUUAGCAGUAUUUUUUUAUUUAUUUUUAAAUCAGAGGAGAAGCUUAGCCACGGAAUCUCCAUCUUUAAUUGGAAAGAGAAAUUUGAAUAAAUUAAUGGCAGCAAAAAUGGGUGAUUAGAAAUGUUUUUUUUUUAUGAAUGUGGAGGAAAUUAGUUUUAUCUAUCAGCUUUUGAUAUGAAAAUUAUUCAGUCAUGGAUGCAUGUUCAAAUUGUUUUUGACAAAUAUAUAGACGAGUUUCAUGCAUUAUAUGCUAUGUAAAAUUACUUAUUUUUUUUACAUUACUUAAAUUGUCAAACUGUAUUAAUCAAUUCAUCAUUUGCUGCUUUUGUUUUAAUGAAUCAUGGCAGUUAUGAAAACCUUCAAUUUUUAUAGUGUAAUUAAAACAUGCUAUAUUUCAUAAAUAUUAUGCCAUAUUUCAUUAUACAUUUGUUAUUAUAGCAUAAAAAAGCGAUUUCUUUAAAUUUAGUCUUCCUUUUUUUUUUUUUUAAAUUUUUUUUAAAUAUAUUGAGGGAGAUGAUUAAAUCUUAAUGAAGCAUACUGUUCAAGAGAUAAAUACUACAAAAAAUUAAUAUGUUUUACUUUAUCUUGCAAAAAAAUGAAGAAAUGUUUAUUCUAUUUUAACUUUCAAAAUAAUGUACAAUGAUUUUUUUUUAGAAAAACAUUUUUCCAAAAAAUUAUUCUUAAUUUUUUUAUUACUGAAAUUUUUUAAUCCUGGCAUUACCCUUUUUGCAGAACAUUAUGCUUGCAAUUGCUCUCUUUAAAAGAUAUGUUAUUACUUGAAAUAGCUUAUAAAAAUAACAAUUUAAAGGUAGAAAAUAUUUUAAAUGCCAGAACAUUUUGUUGGUGUGUUGCAUGGGUGCAAGUCUUCCGUCCCCAGGACGGAUUUCCGUCUUUUGAAAAUGUCCGCGGAUGGAAGUAAGACGGAAAUCGGAAUUUUUUUUUUCUGUCCUUAAAAAUAUUUUUUAGGUUUACGUUAUUGGUCUACUUUCUUAUGUCCUGUUGUUAUUUUAUCAAAAGACAGAUGAAUAAAUAUUUUUUGUACAGUAUUUAAACUUGAUGUAUUACGGUAAAGCUUUCUUAGAUAGUUUGUAUAUGUCAAGGGGGUAUUGUGUAUGAGUAUGUUGGCUAUUUCAGUCAAAAAAUUUUCAGUCUUGGCCUUUUUUCCAAUUUGCACCCAUGGUGUGUUGUAUUAUUAGCACCUAUACUUAAUAGUGGUUAAAAAAAUCAUUUAGUAUAAUUUUUUUAAUAAUUGUGCAGUGAACAAAAAUAAAGGCAAAUUAUAAGCACAUUAUUUUUGUUAAUAAUAUUUUUCCCAAAUAGUUCUUUUAAAAAUUACUUUUGUUUAUUUAAUUUCUUUUUAAUUUUGUAAUGUUUUAAACAUUUCUUUUAUUAAAUAAAAUUGCUGUCUUCAUGUUGUUUAUUAAAUAUUUUCCCCAGUUAACUUUUUUUGUAAUCUAAAAUUCACAUUCAAACUUUACAUAGCUAUUACUUUUAAAUAAUAUAUUUCUUACUAAGAGUCUUGAUCAUAUUUUAUUCAAAGCAAAAAUUGAAGAUUCAUAAAUGAAUGUAAAAUAUACCAGCUAACAAUAUUUCAGUAUGAAGUUAUUCAAAAGCUCUUUAAACUAAAAAUUUUUUUUUCUUCUCAAAAAUCAAUCACAUUAUUUCCCUGAAUUUAUUCUAAUUUUUUAUUAAUGAUCCAGAUUCUCUUUUAAUGUCGAAGUAAUUUUUUACUACAGUACAGAACCCGUUAUCUGGAAAUCAGAAAACCGGAAAACCAAAAAACCAGAACGAAAUUUGAUAAAUUUUCUCGUCAUUUUUUAAAAAAAAUUUUUUUCCUCAUAAGAUUUUACGAUUUUUCUUUAUUUUUUUAAAGAUGUUUACCUUACCAUCAUUUUGGAAAUAAUCAUUAGUGUAUUACUUCAUCGUUUUUUCUUAUUUUUAAGAUUAUUUCCAAAUUUAGUUGGGUUUAACAAUAAAAAAAAGGCUUUUUGUAGCGAUUCAGAAAACCGGAAAAGUCAGUUAUCCGGAAUAGCGAUGGUCCCGAUCGUUCCGGAUAAUCGGUUCCCUACUUAGUAUUUUUUGUGUUAUAUAAAUAAGAUAUUGAGGCUCUGGUUAGCUAAUGUAUAGUAGAAGGAAGUGAUAAAAAUUUGUCUUUAAUAUAAAAAGAGACCACAUAAACUAUAAUGACUGGUACUGUUAGGGAAAAAUUCUACACUUGUAUAAACUGUGAUAUUAAUUUUUGACAUGUUUAUGAGCACAAAUGUUUUAUAUUAAUGAAUGAGAAAGUGAUAGCAUUAUUUUCCUGUCAUUGAGUAAAGUAUAUUAGCUAAUUUUUGUCUUUAUAUUGUUAUUUCUAGUGUUUUGAGGAAAUGAAAGCUAAUUAAAUUUUGUACAGAUGAAA